CGCCACAGUAUCUGGGCUCACUUCCCAUUCACAUUGCGCCGAUUGACGACACCGACUGCUGCUGCAUCUCGCAUCGCACUUGCAAACGUCGAUUACCAACAGCACCUUACUCAGUGUGCUCGUCGUGAGCUACAUACGCAGCUGGCAUUUGGACAGGGACGAGCCUUUUCGGUACAAUCGGAACAUCCAACAUGACGACCCUACCGCCGGAUCCAUGGAAAACCCUCGGUGUCGAGAGGAAUGCGGACAAGACCGAGAUCCGGUCCGCAUACAAGAAACUCGUGCUCCAGUGCCACCCCGACAAGGUGCAAGACCCGGCGCUCAAGGCGAAGAAACAAGAAGAGUUCCAAAAGGUGCAACAGGCAUACGAACUGCUCAAUGAUGAUGCUGAGAGGGCAAAAUAUGAGGAGAAGCUCGCGGAUUUACAGCGCGCCGCCAAGCAAGCCUCGGUGAAGAACUCGCCCAACACCUCGGUCCCGCGCACAUCCACAAAGUACUACGAUAUCCGGACUACUGAGCCUGCAUCUCGGUACAAGAGCCACACAUCCCCAUCGGGCGGCAAAAUUUACACUCACUACUCCUCGCCUCACGCCCGCUCGCACGAGGAGAUGCCGUCCUCUCGUGUCCAUCCACUGUACGAAGAGACUGAUAGACAGGCCCGAAGAGCAGCGAGUUAUGAAUUGAAGAGGGACGAGGAGAGGCGGGAGCGAGACAGGGAAGAAAGGAGACGUAGAAAGGAAAAGGAAGAAGAGGAGAUACUCGCGAGCAAGAUGCGAGCUGAGUAUCAAAGGGACAAAGAACGAGAGAGAGAGCGGCUAGAAAAGGAGAAGGAACGUGAGGCCCGCAGGGCCGAAAAGAAGCGGGUCGAGAAGGAACGGAAGCGCGAAGCCGAGGAUAAAGCCCGCCGCCACAAGCCCUACGUAGAACCCUACGUUGACGCUCAGGUGGAUGAGCUUUGGGCGGAAGACGAAAUCUAUGUCACGUCACGCUUGGAGAAGAAACGCUCGUCGAGCAGGAAGCAUGACGAGGGCCGCGAGAGGGAUCGCGACCGUGACCGUGAGAGGGAUCGGGAGCGCGAGCGCGAGCGGGAACGCGAGAAGUCGACUCCGAGACGCGCCAAGUCUCCGCAUGCCAUCGCCGUACCAAUCACCGAACGAAAGCAUUUGGAAAACUAUGAGCAUGCGACCAGCUACAUUGCGAGACAGACCGGUUCUACCCCUUCCGUUUUGCCAUCAUUCUGGAAAUCCCAAUCUCCCGAGAAGGAGACCAUCCUCGCCCCUCCCGCUCCCCCGGUUGUUCCGACGCCGCCGCCCGCUCCCGUCGACCUCGAGGAAGAGAGUAUUCGACGUUCGUCUGCCCGUGCGGCGGGGCGACGCUCGUCCCACGACGCCGCAAAGUCGAGAGACAAGUCAAAGUACGAUAUUGUCGACGCGACUCCAAAGGCCCGCCCGAUCCCUACUCUUGCCAAAUCAUACAGUUCACCUCCUCCAGUGGCCCCGGAAUCGCCUCCGCGUGUGAGCCGCUCCCACACGACGCCGCAUGAAUCGUAUACCCGGACUGUACCGUCUCUUGGACGGACACAAACCUGGGCGCCCGGUGGCAUUGUCGACGAUCGUCGGGGCGUCGACUACUACGACGAAUACUACGAGUCCGAGGACGACCGAGAGCGACGCCACCGGCGGAGUCGUCGCGCGCGCUCACCGGGAGUCGAGCCGGUCCGUUACAAAGUCGAAAGUGGCAAAACGUCCAAACUAGAAUCACAGUACUCAUAUGGCGACUCGCCGAGUUCAGCCAGGCGGUAUAUGGCCGCCGAAGUGGUCGAACCUCAUUCUUCAUCAACAACAUAUGCUGGCGUUCCCUUCAGAGUGAAGGAGGCCAAGGCAUACGGCCCGGACGAUGUUUCCUACGUGAACUAUCAGUCUGCAUCGUACUACGCUAACGGUGGCAAUGACGGAUAUCCGGUCAUGGCGUGAAGAGCGACUCUGCCGUUGAGGUGUGCUUUUCUUCCCGAGUCAAUCUGCAGCUCCUGCAGCUGGCAUCGAGUCAGCGUGAGGCGAGUCGCUUCCUUAAAUUGGUGUAUUUUCAGCGAGUUUGCUCUUUUUACGUCUUUCUUCUUUUCUCUAUAAUCCCUAAU